AUGGAAUUCUUAUCAGUGGAGCUCUUCGUGACUCAACGCCCGAAGACGAAAAACACCCGACAAGAGUCUCUUCUCCUCCUCCUCCUCCUCCUCCUCCUCUUCUUCCGACAGCUGAUGCUCAUAAAGAUCAGGCUACCAGCCUCCGGUAUCAUCAGUUUCAGCCUCAAGUUCUGCACUCGUCCGCUCUCGUUGCACAGUUCCUUCACCACCGCAGCGACAAUGGCUCCAGCAACUACGACCGGCAACAAUGCACCAAAGCAACCUCUUAAGAUCCUCAUGCUGCACGGCUACACGCAAUCCGGAUCCGUCUUCUACUCAAAAUCGCGAGCCCUGAUCAAAAACAUCCAGAAAGCCCUCCCCCUCCAUCAAGUCGAUCCCGUGUACCCCACCGCGCCUAUCCGUCUCGACCCCACCGAUAUCCCAGGCUUCGAGCCUCCGUCGACCACACAAGAAGGUGGCAGCGGCAGUUCCCAACAACAAGAACUCGAGGCAUAUGGGUGGUGGCGUCACUCAUCAACCCCCUCGAAUCCGCCAGAGUAUAUCGGGUUAAAUGAUGGGCUCAACGCAGUGGCUACUGUUAUCCGCAAUGAGGGACCCUUUGACGGCAUCAUCGGGUUCAGCCAAGGAGCUGCUCUCGCGGCGAUGGUAGCCAGUCUACUCGAGCCCGGACGGAAGGAAUCAUUUACCCAUUUCUCAGACACGAAAGUCGCUUCUGCCGGGUUCGAUAUCCCCGAUUCCAACAACCUCGUGCCCGGCAUCCCGUUUCCGGAGUCCUUCGAGGAAGUUAUGCUCCGUUCCCGGCAGGGUCCUCUGAAGUUCGCAAUAUGCUACUGCGGAUUUCGGGCUCCUGGGCCCAGGUAUAGGGCCUUCUAUGAGAAUCCGCCUAUUCAGACUCCCGUGUUGCAUGUGCUGGGUUCGUUGGAUUCUGUUGUCGAUGAUAGUCGGAGUCGGGCUUUGAUUCAGGCCUGUGCUGGUAAUCCUCAGGAAGAAGGGAGGGUGGUCUAUCAUCCUGGUGGUCACUUUUUGCCUAGUCAGCGUGCCUACUUGGAUGCUGCUAUCAAGUUCGUAAGGGAGCAGUUGGAGGGGCGGAAGGAGGACGCGAAGAAGGAAGUGGAGGAGGAUGUGAAUGACAUGGAUGUGCCCUUCUAG